AUAAAUCCAAUCAAAUAAUAUAGUUUCAAUCUUUCUUCCACAUAAUCGUUCUUACACAUAAUACAAUCUCAUCAAUGAACAUAGAACUUAUAAAUGAUAAAAAAAAAAACGAUAAUGGUUAUUGAUAGAUGUCAUCCUAUAUUAUUCGUGAAUAUGCACGCGAAAGUUCAUAUACAUUCAUAAAAACAGAAACAUGCGCUUGCGUCCUAACAAUAUCGCGAAGAAAGUUUUUAACCUGCCGAUCAGUCGACAGUAAACACUUCAACUGUCACUAUGCAUGAUCGAUCACUCCACAAUAUUGAAAGUCAGUUAAAAAAUAAUUAUUAUAAGAGUGAUAUACAUUACACAUUACAAAUGUGUCAAUGGUUAUUGAAACUAAUCGGAGUGUGGCCUCUCAUUUCCAAUCAAACUAAGAAAUUCGAACAGCUCGUUUCGAUCAUUCUAAUGACUAUGUGCUUCUCCAGUCUGUUAUUUAUCAUCUUACCAUCUGGUCAUCAUUAUUUUUUUAUAGAGAAAAAUUUGAAUAUGAAAGUGAAAGCUCUUGGACCAGUUAGUUUCUGUAUAUCAUCCACAAUUAAAUAUUGCUACCUUGCCUUAAAAGGAUCCUCAUUUGAAAGAUGUAUUGAACAUAUGAAAAGAGAUUGGAUGAUGGUGCAGGAUCCAAAUCAUCGAACGAUUAUGUUAAAAUAUGCGACGAUUAGUAGAAGACUUAUUACCAUAUGUGCUGUUUUUUUAUAUUCAGGAGGAAUGUCGUAUCAUACUGUAAUGCAAUUUUUAUCGAAAGGAAAGAAUAAGGAUAAUCACACGAUCAGACCAUUACCUUACAUUGGCUACGAUCCAUUUUUCGAUACACAGUCUAGUCCUACAUAUGAAAUUGUAUAUUGUAUACAUUGCUUUACAGCGAUGAUCAUGUAUAGUAUUUCAACGGUUGCAUAUAGUUUGGCAGCAAUCUUUGUUACACAUAUUUGUGGACAGAUUCAGGUACAAAUAGCAAGAUUACAAGAUUUGGUCGAAAACAAGGAAAAGAGGAAAUAUGAAAAUUGUGAUCCUUUUGUUCUUAUCGUGCACGAUCAUGUGGAAAUUUUAAGAUUUUCGAAUAAUAUAGAAGAAGCUUUAAGAGAGAUAUGUUUUACGGAAAUCGUAGAAUGCACAUUAAAUAUGUGUAUGCUCGAAUAUUAUUGUUUAAUUGAAUGGUCAGCAGGUGAUACAAUUACACUUUUAACUUUUUUUACUUUAUUGACUUCUUUCACAUUUAACAUAUUUAUAUUCUGCUAUAUAGGUGAAAUUCUGACUGAGCAGUGUAGUCAAAUUGGUACAGUUUCCUAUGAAAUCGAUUGGUAUAAAUUAUCAUCUAAGGAAGCUUAUGAUCUUAUUUUAUUAAUCUCCAUAUCGCAAUAUCCACCAAAAUUAACAGCAGGAAAAAUAAUCGAAUUGUCUUUGAAUACAUUUAGCUCUGUAAGUUUUGAUUUUUCAAACAUUUUUAAAAACAUUUUUAAAUUGAAAUUUUAUACUGAAUCGUUUUUAGGUAGCAAAAACAUCAGUAGUUUAUUUGAAUUUGCUUCGAACAGUUACAGACUGAUAUUUUUUAAUGAAGAAUCAAGUACUAGUGUAACAUCUGGUGCUUGUGGCUUGGCCGCACUUUUCGUAACCCAUGCCUGUGGACAAAUCGACGUCAUUAUAUCUCGAUUGGAUGACAUAGUUGCUGGACAAUUUUACAAGAAAAAUUCAAAUCCAAACAUACGACUGAUAGAAAUUAUUAAACAUCACAUAAAAAUUUUAAAGUAAAAAUAUAAAAGUGAUGUAAGUCAUUAUUUAUCGUUCAUGAAAACUUAUCAUAUAUUAUUGUAGAUUUUCAGCUGUGGUUGAAAAAGUACUGCAAGAAGUGUUCUUUUUAGAAUUUAUUAGUUCCACUUUUGUAAUAUGCUUGCUUGAAUAUUAUUGCAUUACGGUACGUUUUUGUUUUUUUCUAUUUUGAUUUCAUAUCAUAUCAUAUUUUUAUAUUUAUACAGGAUUGGGAGCAAAAUAAUAUAAUUAGUCUGACAUCGUAUGCAUUACUAUUAAUAUCAUUGACAUUUAAUAUGUUCUUAUUAUGCUAUAUUGGUGAUCUUCUAAUACAAAAGGUACUUUUUAUUUUUAUAAUUGUAAGAAUGUUCACUGAGCCAUCUUUGGUAAGAAAAUAUUUUAACAACCACAUUUCUUUUUUCUUUACAAUAUAAUUUUUUUUUCUACACAAUCUCACAAUCUAGAUAAAUUAUGCAAAAAUUAUUAAAGCUCACUUCUAGAAUUCACAAUCUUAAAUUAUCAUUUAUUUCUUUUUCAUUAGCUUUAAAUACUCGAUUCACUCAUAUAUUUUAAAAAUUUAAAAUUUAAUUAAUUGCAAGAAAUAUUCACGUUUUUCUUCUAAAACAAAAAAUUUU